CUCCUCCUGACAGGAGAUCAAGAGCAACAAGACAGUUCUGCACUUGGCCGUGCAGGCUGCCAAUCCUACCCUGGUUCAGCUGCUGCUGGAGCUGCCACGGGGAGACCAGCGGGCCUUUGUCAACAUGAAAGCCCAUGGCAACACAGCCCUUCACAUGGCGGCUGCCCUGCCCCCUGGGCCAGCCCAGGAGGCCAUCGUGCGGCACCUGUUGGCAGCUGGGGCGGACCCAACACUGCGCAACCUGGAGAAUGAGCAGCCUGUCCACCUGCUGCGGCCCGGGCCGGGCCCUGAAGGGCUCCGGCAGCUGUUGAAGAGGAGCCGUGUGGCGCCCCCAGGCCUGUCCUCUUAGGACUCAAACCCAGAACCUGGACUGAUUUUCCAGUCCCCACCGUCCUGUGGGACAGCCAGCGUAUGCGAAUGUUGCAAAUCCAUGAUAAUGUAUGGAAUGCCCUGCCAUUGGGGUCUUACAUUAAAACCCCAAAAUGGCUGCCGGGGGGUGAGCAGUCCCCAAUAUUUGGGAUGAUGUGAUAUCCCUCCCCCACCCACAAGGAGCCCUCUUGAUGAUUUCUGUGAAAUCGAGGCUCCUUGAUUGUUUCUGUGAAACACCCCAGGCCCCUAACCCUUUCCUUACUGGGAUUUUUCAGGGUUCUUUCCCCUAACUCAGCUCUUCCUACCCAGAGACCCAGAUGAAAUCCCCCUACAUGGUACUUGGCCAUCCCAGUAGGGCUCCUAAGAUGGUCCCCUAGCUCUCCCCAAGAUCCACACCCUUUGGGUCCUAACCCCUGGGAUAUAGUAAGGACCCUCUUAGAUUAGAGUUCCUUAGGCCCUACUGCCUUCUGAUUCAGAACUCAACUGGGCCCUGUUUUAGACCUCAGCAUUCCCAGUGAGUCCUCCCUAAUCUGAGCAUCUCUGAAACUCCACAUUAAACUCAAUUUGGGCUAGAA